UGCAUCAGUCUUAAUUCUUGAGAAAUCCGUGAAGUGUUGUAAUUAAUUUUUCGACAGUAAAAAAAUAAAUAACAAAAUAAAAAAAUGAAGUCCAUCUGUGGAAUAAUAAUAGCAGCUUUAGUGACUAGUUCGUAUAGCAUGCCUGCUGGUGAGGUAGCAACUCAGCCUCCUCAAUUAUCCGAUCUUAUAACUCAAGCUCAAGCUAGUAUCAAUAAUUUCGGCGAAGAGCUUCAAAAAAAACUUAAUCUUCCGGAUCAAGAGACUGUAGCCAAAACAAUUCAAUCUCAAACUACGAACUUUGUUAAUAAUGUUCAGGAUUAUGUUAAAAAAGUAUCUGAAGAUAUUAAAACCAAGAAUCCUGAGCUAGAGAAAGUUUGGGACGAUAUCAAGGAAAAAUUCAACAAAGUCGCUGAUGAUAUUAAUGCACAAAUUCCAAAUGCUCAAGACCAAGCAAAGCAACUCCAGGAAAAAUUAACUGAAGGGUUCAAGACUCUCGUUGACGAAUCAGGCAAAGCUUCGAAAGCAAUUAGCAAAGAUUCUGAAAAAAUUCAAGAAGAUGUAGCAAAAAUCACUAAGCAAGCCGUCGAACUUGUUCUUGAAACAACUAAAAACUUUGAAACCAAGUUACGGGAAUUGGCUGUAACUGAAGCUCCAAAAUAAGAGUAACAUCUAUUAAAAUUAAUAAUUAUGCAAACAUGAUAUAUUAAUGACUGUAAAUUUUAUUUUCAAUUUUUUUAAUUGUAUUUAAGUCAGGAACUUAUUAAAAUGUCGACUAUUCAGUUAAAAAAAAAAAAAAUUUAUAAUGUUCGGCUCCAUAUUUAAUUUGCUUUUUACAUAAUAAAUACAUUCCAGUCCAGUCUAA